UCUCUCUCUCUCUCUUGUUCCCUGCAGUGUCGCUUUCUCCACUAAUAAAGCUCGAGUCUUCGUUUCAAAGUCCCCGGUUUUCUUCCAGGAUUCUUCCCAUCUGCAUUUCACAAGUAAAAUACUGGAUAUUUCAAUGCACCUUCGUAAAUUUUUGUUAGCUAGGUGGAACAGAUGAGAUGAGAGCUCAGAGGGUCACCUAAUCCAUUACCCACGUCAUGUAAAUUCCCUAUUUUUACAGAUUCACUUCUCAACAAUCUUUCGACGGUUCUGGUUCCUUCGUUUCCGCCUCAAAUUCUCAACAUUUUUGGUUCCGGGUUUCGAAAUGGACGUGCCUGACGUCGACUUGGAAUGCGGUGGCGGCGGCCACCGCCGCUCCUCCACCGCAGCCAGCGACGAGGAGAGCGUCUGCUUCUCCGACGCCGACGAGGGCUCGUGCCAUUCCCAGUUCUAUUCCACCGCCGACGGGUCCUACGACGAUUUCAGCUGCCCCGGCGGGUCCGACCCGGAGGCUGGCGGCGGCGCGGACUCCCGCCGGGCGUCGUCGGCCUCGGAGUCGGACUGUUCCGUCGAUGCCGGAAAUGGGUUUCAUUCAGUGAAGGUGCAUUUGGGGACAGUAGAGAGGGAUUGUAGGAUUUGCCAUCUGAGUUUAGAAAGUAGUAAUCCCGAGUCUGGAAUUGCGAUUGAAUUGGGUUGUUCUUGCAAAGAUGAUUUAGCCGCUGCCCAUAAGAAUUGCGCCGAGGCUUGGUUCAAGAUCAGGGGAAACAAGACCUGCGAGAUCUGUAAUUCAGUCGCGCGAAACGUUUUUGGCCCGGUUGAGAUCGAGCCAACACAGCAGACAGCAGUCGAGACCAAUGUUGGUUCGGCAGCAAACGCCGUGUCUGUACCCGAGGCCCAAAGCUGCUUGAAUGGCCCCCGUGUCGUGAACUUCCUUCUCGGGUGCAUGGUAUUUGCAUUUGUCAUAUCUUGGCUGUUCCACUUCAACAUCCCAUCAUGAAAUCCAAAGGCUGUGGCUGUGAUUGAGAGGGGAGCAAGAAGAUAGGUUUUGAGGCCUUUGGGAUUCAUGUGUUGGGGUUUGUAUUAGGUGAGAUUUGUUCCUCUAUACUUGAGUUGGUUGAUUAUAUAUGCUUUAUGCAUUGCAUUUCCAUGCGUUUGUAAUUAUAUAUUCAAGCAACAUGAGAGCCUUUUCUGUGUCGUUUUCUCUCGUGACAGUUCCAAAAUUUUACCAUAUUGGAUAAAAAUGGAGAAAUGCCUUGUCAUGGGCAUAUUGGAUUUG